AUGGUCAACCAGGAGACAUGUCCUCUCCUGUCCCCAGGAAGGGAGCAGAUGCCUAUGGAGUUAUUGAAAAGUGGCAGCAGGAGGAGGAGGAGGAAGAGGAGGAGGAGGACGACCACGGGAGAGCCGGUCUCCCUCUUCGUGCACGAGGUGAAGCCGGGUUCAGAAGAGCAGCUCCAGCUUGCCAAAGCGGCCUUUCGAUUCCUCAAGACGCUACGGCACCCGAACAUCUUAUCCUACAUUGAUGGCUUAGAGACAGAGAAAAGUUUGCACGUGGUGACCGAGCCGGUGGUGCCCCUCCCAGCCUACCUGGAGUCGAGGGGCGAUGGGAAGGGCUUGAGCGACCCAGAGAUCUCCUGGGGCCUUCACCAGAUUGCGAAAGCCCUCAGUUUCCUGGCGAACGACUGUCACCUCGUCCACAACAACCUCUGCAUGGGCGUGGUUUUCGUGGACCGUGCCGGCGAAUGGAAACUUGGUGGUUUAGAUUACAUGUGCUCGGCGCAGGGAGACGUUACCGUGCCACGAAAGGGGAUCCCUGAGCUGGAAAAAUAUGACCCGCCCGAAUUUGCUGACAGCACCAAAAGCACUGGAGAAAAAUGGGCAGCAGACAUGUGGCGAUUUGGCUGCCUCAUCUGGGAGAUCUUCAACGGUCCUCUGCCCCGGUCGUCUUCCCUCCGCUCUCUCAACAAAAUCCCCAAGUCCUUGGUCCCCCAUUAUUGCGAGCUGGUCGGCGCCACUCCCAAGCUGCGGCCCAACCCCGCCAAAUUCCUGCAAAAUUGUUGUCGGGUGGGGGGUUUCAUGGACAACAAGUUUGUGGAGACCAACCUCUUUCUGGAGGAGAUCCAGAUUAAGGAGCCGGCUGAGCGGCAGAAGUUUUUCCAAGAGCUCAGCAGCAACCUAGAUACGUUCCCCGAGGACUUCUGUCGUCACAAGGUCCUCCCCCAGCUGCUGAUGUCCUUUGAGUUUGGGAGCGCGGGGGCCAUCAUUCUCACGCCCCUCUUUAAGGUGGGAAAGUUUCUGAACCCCCAGGAAUACCAGCAGAAAAUCAUUCCUGUGAUUGUGAAAAUGUUCUCUUCCCCAGAUCGGGCUAUGAGGAUUCGCUUGCUGCAACAGAUGGAACACUUCAUUCAGUACCUGAACGAGCCCACGGUCAACACCCAGAUCUUCCCCCACGUGGUCCACGGCUUCCUGGACACCAAUCCAGCCAUUCGGGAGCAGACGGUGAAGUCCAUGCUGCUGCUGGCCCCCAAGCUGAACGAGGCCAACCUGAACGUGGAGCUGAUGAAGCACUUUGCGCGCCUCCAGGCCCGCGACGACCAGGGCCCUAUCCGUUGCAACACCACCGUGUGCCUGGGCAAGAUCGGGCCUUUCCUCAGUGCCAGCACGAGACAGAACGUCUUAAUAUCCGCCUUCAGCCGGGCCACGAAAGACCCGUUUGCGCCCUCCCGCGCUGCCGGGGUGCUGGGGUUCGCUGCCACGCACAACUUCUACUCCAUGAAGGAGUGCGCCUCCAAAAUCCUGCCCGUGCUGUGCACCUUGACAGUGGAUCCCGAGAAGACGGUCCGGGACCAGGCCUUCAAAGCCAUCCGGAGCUUCAUGACUAAACUGGAGACGGUUUCAGAAGACCCAUCUCAGCUCUCCGAGCUUGAGAAGGACAUCCAGGCUGCCUCCGCCAGUCCCGGGGUGGGCUCAGCAGCGAGCUGGGCUGGGUGGGCCGUGACCGGGGUCUCGUCCCUCACGUCAAAGCUGAUCCGGACAAACGCUGGGGCAACACAAGAGGCAGAGCAGGUGGCCGAGGAUGCCCCCGCCAAGGCGCCGUUGGAGCCCCCCAAAUCAGGGACUGGGCGCCCUCCUGCUUCCGAGGGAGCAGCCCCUGCCCGCUCGAGCCGGUGGGACGUGGAGGAGGAUGUGGGGGAAGAGGAGAGCGCGGCAGACCAGUGGGACGAUGAAGACUGGGGCAGCUUGGAGCAAGAAGCGGAGCAGCCAAAGAGGCAGCCCAGCCCAGACGACUGGAACAGCCCCGGCUGGGCGGAACCGGCCCAGAUGUUCAGCAGCAGGACAGCCGCCGCCACAGCCCCCGAGACGCAGGAGUCUGACUGGAGCGCCUCUGCCUGGGACCUGGAGCCCUCCUGGAGCCCUAGAAAGGGGGCGGCUGCCCCCACGGACGACAGCCGGGGCAGGAGCUACGAGGAGCCGCCCCACUCCGGCCUCGGCCCCAGGGGCGCCGUGGCCCCUCAGGAGAUCAAGCCGGCAAGCGAAUACAACUGGGGGAGCGCCGGCCCCGGGGAGAAGCCCGACCCUUUUUCCUGUCUCGCUGGGAAGCCAACAGCAGAGAGGCAGAGAAACACCGAAGCUCUGCGUGAAUGGCCCCUUGAGGAAAACUGGGCAGCGCUGGAUUCGGACCAAGGGCCCAGCAAGACGGAGCUCGCCCGGAAGAAACGGGAAGAGAGGAAGCAGGAAAUGGAAGCCCGGCGGGCCGAGAAAAAAGCUGCCAGGGGACCCAUGAAGUUGGGAGCCAGGAAACUGGCCUGGCGGCCCCCCCCCCCUUUUUUUGUAAUGUCUGGACAGCUUGAUGCCUUCGAAGAGACUGGAAGUUUUGACAGGGGAAGGGAAGCUUAUGGUUGCCCCCCAUCCUCUCCUGCUCGGUGUGGGGGCUGUGCCAUCCCCAUGCCAAGCAGCUUCACACCCUCGUUUCCCAUCCACCGGCUGCGCCCUCUGACUUCAAAUAGCUAAAACCGGACUUCCAGAAGCCGGGGGGGCGGGGGGGUGCCGGAUCUGCAAAGCCAUGUCUUUCUCUCUGGGCAGAAUCAGGUGUUUUGUGCAGCGGCAAAGUUCCAGGAUGGUGUGUGCAUGCGGGCAUCGAUCACGCCCGUUUCAUCCGCUGAUGCAGAAGCAGAGAAAUAAAUUAACUCCUUCAGUGAAAAAGGCUCAAGAGGGUUCCCACAAUCCCCGGCCAACCUCUCUGCCCCCUCGGGCUGGGUUCACGCGCUGCAUUUAGCCGAGCCUGUUGCAAAGCGAACAACUGCCUUUGCCUGGCACGCUAAGCUCGGUUAAACGCCGUUUAAUCCUUUGGUGGCUGGCUCAUUGUGGUCGUUUUGCAAAUCUGGAAAAUGGGUUAAUUCCAAGAGGGGAGAAGUUAGGCAUCGCCUUCCCCUCCAGGCAUAAAACUUGUGGGUUGGCAGCUUUUCUGCAACCGAGGAUGGGAGGGAGGAAUAUUUUGGUUUGCUCGCUCAGGGCUACUGAGAAUUAUGCGGGGGCCGGCAGCAAGAAUCUUUUUUAGUAAAAUAGCUUGCAAACAACUCUA